AGCUUCCGUUGUCUAAGGGCGUUUUUUUUUCAUCUUAGCACCAUAAUUUUUGGGGUGGUGGCUUCUUGUUUCACAAGUUUCAAUUCCACCAAGGUAGAGUCCAGGAGAAAGACCCGACGGUUUAUCCAUUAAACAUUAUUUUAAAACUUUUGUUCCUUAGUAGAGACUUCAACACCGGCUUUCCCGGUGUUCCUAUAAUAAGUUCACGCAACAAAAGAGUGGUUUGCCAGUGGUGGUGUGCGCUAACAGUAAUAAGCUAAACAGGCGAGAACGAGCUUACCCUACUUUAGCUAGCUAACUCGCUAGCUCCAGAGAGGUUUCCAAUGCAGGCCAUCAAGUGUGUGGUAGUAGGGGACGGGGCUGUGGGUAAAACAUGCUUGCUCAUCAGCUACACCACCAAUGCAUUCCCUGGGGAGUACAUCCCCACAGUCUUUGACAACUAUUCUGCCAAUGUGAUGGUGGAUGGUAAACCUGUGAACCUGGGUCUCUGGGAUACAGCAGGACAAGAAGACUACGACAGGCUCAGACCACUGUCUUACCCACAGACGGAUGUCUUCCUGAUCUGCUUUUCUCUCGUGAGCCCUGCCUCCUUUGAAAACGUCCGGGCUAAGUGGUACCCUGAGGUGCGUCACCACUGCCCCAACACACCCAUCAUCCUGGUGGGCACCAAGCUGGACCUGAGGGAUGACAAGGACACCAUCGAGAAGCUGAAGGAGAAGAAGCUGUCCCCCAUCACCUACCCCCAGGGCCUGGCCAUGGCCAAAGAGAUCGGUUCUGUGAAGUACCUGGAGUGCUCAGCCUUGACCCAGCGUGGCCUUAAAACGGUCUUUGAUGAGGCCAUCAGGGCGGUGCUCUGCCCCCCGCCCGUCAAGAAGUCCAAAAGGAAGUGCAAGAUCCUCUAAUGAGCCUUGGUAUGGGAAGUGGGAGGAAUGCUGCUGCAGUCUGAGCUCACCUUUUGGAAAGGAAGAGGGUGGGGUGUUUCCUGUAGUCCCAUGUCAAGUCCCCCUCCCCCCCCCCCCCCCCCCCUCCCCUCUAGGUUAGAUCUGAGAGAGCUGGACACGGUUAACGUCAUGGAGCAAUCACUACAGUUCCCUUUAGUUGGCUGGAUUGGUCAUCCAUCUUGGUGUCUAUCCACUGUUGUCAGAUCCAGGCUAGUGUUUAGGGGGCAAAGGGUCAGUUGGAGACAGGAAGAAGGAGGAUUCUACAGAAGGAUGUGUAUUCCAUGUUAUAUUUCUCUGUCGAAUUGUAAUAAUUACUACUUAGAUAUGAUUGAUUUUUAUCCUGCGAUCAUAGAACUAACUCGACUAUCGACUCAAGGAGGAGCGGGAAACAUCAGUUUCCCUACACUAAGAAAUUCCUGCUGCCUUCUAGUUUUACUCCCCCAAAUCUUUUUUUCCCUUUUUUUGAAUUAUUUUUCCAAGAAGAUUUUUAAUCAAUUGCUCAUCUGUUUCAGUCUCUUUCCACUCUUAAUGAGCCCACAUCGUUUGUUUACAGACUCUAGUUGAGGUGUUGCCAAAUGGAUAACUGUCAUCUUUGUGUAGUUGCUCUAUGUACAUUAAAUGUAAUAAUUAUACUGUCUUUGUCCCUUUAGAGUUCUCUUCUGAAUACCAUAUGACCAUCUCAAAGUGACAGUUAAAUGAAUAACUUCUAAACUCUAAAUGAAAUAAUGUCGCCAAGUUCUGUAAUCAUUCUCUCAAGUAAAUUCUGAUCAAAAAUCCUUUCCUGGUACAAUUGAAGUUAAUCUAUCACAGUAAACUAUUUUAAAAACAAAACUGAUUUUAAGUUGGUAUAUUUUGAGACAGUUUUAAAGGUUAUCCACUAAUAAUCUACAGCAGGCUGCAACCCCUCUCGCUCCAUUGAAAGUAGACAGCCAGUAUUUCAUGCACUAGCGCAGGUCUACAGAAGUGCUUCUUAAGGGUUUGAGUAGAUUAUAUAUCAGACCAAAUAAAUAUAGAUCUCUCUGGUUUUCAUGUUUUGUGACGGUUCAUGUACAUACUGUACCAUACUAAUCCUACAUAAUGGAGUCAUCAAUCAUGGAUCAUGUCUGUGGUGGCUAGUUUUUACAGCCCAAGGUACUUGCGUGGGGUACUCAGCGUUAUAUAUCGUUAUAUAGCGUUCUCUACUCUCACAUUCCUUUAACCAGCAGACCUGGCCGGGCACAGCAACUUGUAGUCUCUUCUGUUCCAUUUCUAACUUCAGUUAAAAUACAUUCUGAUGUUGGCUUCUUUUUCCUCUGAAUAGUUAGGCGAUGGGAUUACAGUGUGACGCGAGUAUCACAAUGUUAUGUCAAUGUUGUCCUGUCUUGUCAUCACUGAUUAACUAGAUCUAAGAACAAUGUUUGGACUCUCAGAACCUGUAUAUGGCCACAAUGUCUUGUUAUACUGUAGCGUCUUAAGUGCUGUAGGAACCUUAAUCAUUAGAUCGGUGACUUGCUACUGUACCGGUGAUUAUUCUUCCAAGCACACCAGCUGUCAUGAAGUGUAAUCAAAAUGUGCAGGACUUUUAAUUUUCACCCUUGAGAAACUGCAGCAUUUAGCAAUGUUGUAGAGGCAUAAAGAAAACAACAUUUUUCAUUUUAUUUCAAUAGUAUAUUAUAAUCUGUUGUGUUAUUUGUUUGUUUUUUUAAGCAAAUAAAUUCACAGAAAUGCA